AUGUGUGAAGAGUUUAGGGAACUCAUGACAUCAGAGUUUGAGAUGAGCGCCGUGGGUGAACUUCAGUGCUUUCUUGGUCUCCAAGUUAAGCAAUUGCAAAAUGGUAUAUUCAUUCAUCAAUGCAAAUAUGUCAAAGAACUGUUAACAAAAAUUGAUAUGAAUUAUUGUAAACCAUGUAAUACACCCAUGGCAACCACAAAGCAGGUCACUGUUGAUGAUAAAGAUGACUUGGUUGAUCAAACACUUUACAGAAGCAUGAUUCGGUCUUUAUUGUACCUAACUUCAUCAAGGCCAAAUAUCAAGUUUGCAACAUGUGUCUGUGCAAGAUCCCAGUCAGCACCUAGAAAGUCCAACCUUAUAGCUGUGAAAAGUAUAUUCAGAUACAUAAAAGGUGCUCCCAUACUUGGUAUCUGGUACCCUGCUAAUAGGAAUAUUGAGCUUUCAGAUUAUUCAGACAGUGAUUUUACUGGUUGUCAUACCACAAGGAAGUCCACUUCAGGAGGGUGCCAGUUUCUAGGAAAUUGCUUGGUUUCUUGGCAAAGCAAAAAGCAAGCAACGGUUUCAACAUCAACGGUAGAGGCUGAAUAUAUUGCUGCUACUAGCUGUAUAACCCAAUUCCUAUGGCUUCAAAAUCAGUUGCUGGAUUUUGGUGUGACUUCUCUAAAGACUCCUCUUAUGUUGGAUAGUCAAGCAUCUGAAAACAUCAUUAAAAAUCCAGUUUCUCAUUCAACAACAAAGCACAUUGACAUCAAACAUCACUUUUUGUGA